GUUAUUUUCUAGUCACCUUCAUAUUUCAUACAUAUAUAUACAUAUACAGAAAAUCGCAUACAUACAAUCCUAUAAUAGGUGAUUUAACUUUAUCCCAUAAUAAUAAUAAUAAUAUCCAUUUCAAUCUAUAUUUCCCUAUAUAGUUACUAUUUAUUUUAUAUAUAUAUACGUACAUAGAUACUAAAAGUUUAAUUGCCAAGUCCUAUUUCAUUAUUUAUCUAUUAUUAAUACCCCAUCGAAACGAAUGUAAAACAAAAAAAAAUUUAAAAUGUUUAUCAUGUUAUUUGAUGAUGAUAAUGAAAAAAAGAGAAGGUAUACACAUUAUAAAUCAAUAUAAAAACUCACUUUAUCAAUAUUUAAUCAAUAUAAACACCUACUAAUCUCUAUAUUGAAAUAGAACGAUCUAAUUGAUCAGAUCAGAUCAGAUCAUUUAACCUAUAAUCAUUAUGUAAUCAUGCUACUUAUUAAUUAUUAUCAGUAUUAUAUACAAUUUCAUUUAAUUACUAUUUCUAUCCAAUUCAUUUUAAAUAUAAAUUGUCAUUUAUUAAAUUCAUCUCAUUUAAAAGAAUUAUAUUAUUCUAUUAAUGAAGAAUCUGAAAUUGGUUCAUAUAUAGGUAAUAUUAAAUUAGAUUUUGAAAAGAAAUUUUUCAUUUCUAUUAUUAAUGAUGAUAAUACUAAUUUAGGUAUAUUUGAAUUAUAUAAUGAUAAUGAUAAUAAUAAUAAAAACUUAUUUCGUAUUGAUGAAAUAACAGGCAAAUUAUUUGUUGCAUCACGUAUUGAUCGUGAAACUAUAUGUCCAAAACCAGAAGAAGAAUUCAAUGAAUUAUUCACUAAUAAUCAAUAUUUAAUGACAUCAUCGACGUCGUCGGCGUCAUCAUCAUCAUCAUCAUCAUCAUCGUUAUCUUCAUCUAUAAUGAUGGAUAAUACAUUCAAUGAUAUUUCAACAAAAGAAUGUCAAAUCCAUUUAACUGUAUGUAUAUCACGUAUUCAUUGGAUUAAUGUUAUUAUUACUAUACAUGAUAUCAAUGAUCAUACCCCAUAUUUUCAAUUAACUUCAUCUAAUAAUAAUAUAUCAGAAAAAUUAAUAUAUAUUGUAAAUGUAUCGGAAUCUGUCAGUUCCGGCUAUGAAAUACCAUUGAUCAUUGCUAAAGAUCCAGAUAAAGGUAUUAAUUCUGUUCAAUCUUAUUCAUUACGUGGUAAUGAUUUUCAAUCUACAUUAUUUUCAUUAUCAUAUAGACCACCAUAUAGUUUAAAUCUUGUUAUUCUAGGUGAAUUAGAUGCCGAAAUGAAGAAUAAUUAUACUGGUGAACUUAUAGCAUGUGAUGGUGGUCAAAUCAUUCCGAAAUGUUUUAAUCAACCAUUUCAAGUACAUAUUACGGAUGUAAAUGAUAAUAAGCCAAUAUUUAAUCAAUCAGUUUAUGAUAUUGAAAUUUUAGAAAAUAUUACAAUGAAUUCAAUAAUCAUUCAAUUGAAUGCAACGGAUGCUGAUUCUAAUCAAAAUGCUAAAUUAUCUUAUAAAUUUGGUCGACCUAUAAGUCAAUCAUCUUUAGAACAUUUCAUAAUUGAUAGUAAUACUGGUGAGAUUUAUUUAAAAGCAUUAUUAAAUGCUAAGGAAAAUAGUGCAUUUAUUUUACCUAUUAUAGUACAGGAUAAUGGUAUAUUACCAUUAGUUGGUCAGACAAUAGUUCGUAUCACUGUUAAAGAUACCAAUGAUCAUGAUCCAUGGAUUGAAACCCGAUCAAUACAAGAGGGUAAUUUACAAAAAACAUCAGUUGAUAAUAGUCUUAAUAAAGUCAACUAUAGUAAUCAAGAAGUUCAGUUAUCAAUAAGUGAAAAUCAACCAGCUGGAACAAAUAUUGGUUUAAUUAUCUCUGGAGAUGAUGAUGUUGGUGAAAAUAGCAUAGUAUCUUGUGGUUUAAAAUCGAAAACUGAAGAUUUUAAACUUGAACACGCUAAUUCUGCGAAAGGACGGGAAAUAUACCGUUUAAGUACAACUAAAUCACUUGAUCGUGAAACAGUGAUAGAUGGGAUUAUUAGGAUUGUUAUCACAUGUCAAGAUAAUGGCAGACCAAGUCGAACAAGCGAACAAACAAUUUUAUUAAAUAUAAUGGAUUUAAAUGAAUACAGACCAAUGUUUACUCAAGAAAAUCGAGUUAUCAAUCACAUUAUGCCGGAGAACCAACCAAUAGAUACUAUUUUAUUACAAGUCCAUGCCAGUGAUGCAGAUUCUACUCCGGAGAUACAAUAUCAUAUAUCAAGCGAAGCCCAAUCGUAUUUUCAUAUAGAUCCUGACACCGGUGUGAUAAUUACAAAAGCUUUAUUAGAUAGAGAAACUAUGCCUCAAAUUAGAUUUCUUGUUUAUGCCACUGACAAAUAUUCACCUGAAACAUUACAAGGCAAUCAUGUAGCUGUAGCAAAUGUUACUGUUCACCUGACUGACAAAAAUGACAACAGUCCAGAACUUAUCGGUAGUAAAACUUUCCAAAUAGUCGAAAAUCGUCCAGGAUUUUCUGACUUAGUUGGCCAACUCACUUCAAUUGAUCAAGAUGAUGGAAAUAAUGGAACAGUGCAUUAUAAGUUGAUAUCAGUCAGUGAUAAUAAAAAUAAACGAAUCCCUAAUGAAUUGUUUAUGAUUAAUAGUGAUACUGGGAAAAUAUUCGCUACAAAGAAACUUGAUAGGGAAGAGAAUAGUCAAUACGAAUUAAUCAUCUUACUGCAUGACCUUGGAACACCUAUACAACGUAGUUCAACGGCAUCUGUAAUUGUUAAUGUAUUGGAUGAAAAUGAUAAUAUUCCACAGUGGGAACAAAUCAUACAAGCUUCUGAAUUCUCAUCUCCUCAACAAACUGACCUUCUUAAACGACCACAUAUGAUCGGUUUAAGUACAGUAACAGAAUUGGGAAUUAUGAAUAUAACAGCACCAAUUUAUCGAGGACAACAAAUCCUUAUUUUAUCAGCUAAAGAUGCUGACGAUGCGCAUAAUGCAAAUUUAACAUUUCAACUGAUUAAGGUCCAUUUUCUUAAGAAUGAUUAUAUGCAAAGUGAAGAUAAAGUUUUAUACAAGAAUAAAAUUCAUUCUACCAAAUCUUACGCCACAUCAUCAGUGGAUUCGUCAUAUUUUGUCGUAGUUAGUAAAACCGGUGAAUUAAUUGCUGGCCCGGGUCAAAAAGGCAUUGGAUUAACUGAUAGUGGAAUAUACGAAUUAUAUCUACGUGUAUGUGAUAAUGGAAAUCCUCCUUUAGAUUCAAAUGCACGUUUAUUUCUAAAAGCGCAUCAAUCAUUAAAUUCAGCUUUUGCUGAUAAAUUUGGAGAAAAAGGCUUUCUAGGAUAUUUAUUGACAAAUGGUCAUUUAGGUAUUAUGUUAGUUAUAAUUCUAUUGUUAAUUAUGUGCCUUACAUCAGUAUGCCUUAUUAUUGUAUUCAUUUCAAUUCGACGAAGAUCAAGUCGCCAACAACAACAACAACAACGUCAAGCUAGUAGAAAAUUGUUAAAAUAUGAUAAAAACUCUUAUCCGUUACAUUUGAAUGGUGAAUUAAUUGUUGAAGAAAAUAUUAAUUUAGGCGGUACAAUUAGUAAUUAUGGUAAAUUAUACCAUUCACCAAUUAUAAAUACAAUAUGUCCGGGUGAUGGUGAAAGUUUAUACAAAUGGAAUCCAGAAUGUGGUUAUACAAUGGGAAAUUUUGGUCCACCACCGAUUUAUAAUUUUUGUGCAUUAAAUACAACACUAGAUAAAAUGCGAUCUAGUCAUACUGAUAGUGAUAAAAGCAGUUCAGCAUUAAUGUCAACUGAAUUCCCAUGUUCGAUUAAUCAUUAUUGUGAAGAAAGACCAAUGAUGAAUGGGGAACAAACAAUUAAUUAUGGAUUUACAUCUCCACUUAGAACAAUACCAAAUUCUGAUGGAUUAGGAUUUAAAAAUCCCAAUAGUUAUACUGAAACAUGUUUGAUUCCUAAAACAAUACAAUCAGAACUGAAUUGUCAACUUCAUAUGAAUGUAGCAGUUUCAGAAGUUGAUGGAGGAAGUGCUGAUUCCGGACAGGGAGCUAGUGAAGAAGAACCUGUGAAUCAUGAUUUAUCAAAGUUUCGGUUGAAAUAUACACGUCCUUAUAAUUCAAAAGAACUAUUACUUACCAAAACACAAUGCAGUCCAAUAUCAUCAUCUAAUGGUUGCUUGAUUGAUAGUCCUACGAAUAAAAAUGCGAAUCAUUGUUCUAUAAAUGAAUCAAUCCUUUGUACACAACCUACUUUACCUACUAUGAAUACAUUUACAAAUCAUCGAUCAUCAUUAAAUAAACAAUUUAUUUAUGCAUUACAUAAUGGUAGUUCACAACGUCAAUCAUUAGUUUCAAAUGAUAUCCUACAACCUAGAUGGCGUAAACCAUUAUUUAGUAAUACUGAUUUAGGUCAUCAUAAUCAUUUAUUUGAUGAAUUUCCAUUAACAAAAAUAUCUACUAAAAAUCAUUCAUUAACACUUCCAUUAAAUAAUAAAACAUUUAUAACUGGUAAUAAUGACUAUCAACAAAGUCAUUCAACAAAUCCUCAUAUCGAUCUAACCAAAUGAACAUUAUGCUAAAGAACGAAGAAUACAUAAUGAUCUAUACUGGUUAACUCUAUUAUUAUCUUGCCAUGUUCUGUACUUAUAACCUAUAUAUAUAUAUA